GCGGUGCUUGAACGGUUUUAGCCCCAAACCUGCACGCCACGCCCAAAACGUUAACAUUAACCUCCCAUAAAAGCACGAACACCGAUACACCUCUGCAAUCCGGACGAAGUGCUGCGGCAGAAAUACGGUAACUGCGAAGACGAUUAAACGACUAAAUUACGAGACACAGGUAAAUAUCACAGUUUUCUUCCAGAAUGGAUGACGGACUAGUUUUUGCAGCCGUCUUGAUGAUGGGCAUCUUAAUAACUUUUGCCGAAGCACAAUCUUCAUGCUUGUUUAACACCACUUCCUUCACAACCCCGAAGAACUUCACGCGCACAGAUUGUGGGAAGUUCAAGAUAUGUGUGUCUAUUCCCUCGUCAUGUGACCCCGCAAGCAGUAACUGCACUUUCUUAUCUAUCCGCAACAUCACGGCGGGUGCAGGCAUGUUUUCCAUUGAGCUGCAGGGACAAUCUGCAGGCUUCAUUGCAGUAUUGCUAUCACAAAGCCAAGCAAAGGGCGUUGAUCUUGGCUUCGUCUCCUCACAGAGUAAUUCAAGUGUCUGCUUCAACUUGAUUAGGAACGGGACACUGUUCACAACGGUCCUUCCAACAGGCCUGACUGUUAACGCCUCAGUCAGCCAGAACGUCAUUAAAAGCAGCUUUGUGAGCCCUCUAAAUCCCACCGUCUUCACCAAUACCCCAAGCCCUACCAGCUUUUUUGUCUCCAUUGCUACUGGAACCAUGAAUGGCACUAGUCUGGGAACCUUAAAUUACCUAUACGCCAGUACGACUAAGCUGGACCUAACCAACCCCACAAGUGGUGCAGUCACGCAGUGUCUGUCAGCUGUGAUGGGCCUGCUGGGUUUCAUGAUCGUCCAGCUGUGGUGAGGAGCUGUAGCUUGGGUCAUGUGGUUCACCAGAGCUGAAACAAACACGGUCAGAACCACCAAGCUCUGCCAGAGACCCAUUACUCCGCAGCGUCGUUCUAAUUUGGUGCUUAAUUUGCAGCCCUGGAAAGACAGGGUGGGUGAAAGGUGGGGAGUGAUUUAAACAGUAACAUAUGCUAAUAUAAUGCAUGCUUAUCCUGAUCAACAUAGUUUUUAUGCUAUUUUUUUGGGGGGGGAAGGGGACCCAUAAUCUAUAAAGCUUCGGAUAAUGGUAGAAAAACCAAUCUGUAUGUAAGAGACAUUGAUCCUGCAUUUAAUCAUCCAUUCAAGUUCAAAAGUAAAAAAAAAAAAAAAGGUGUAACAUUCUCCAGUCA